AUGGCGCUAACUCUCCUUCUGCCCGUGCUGGCCUGUCUCCAGAUCCCCCCCCGGCCAGCGUCCCCCGCAGAUGUAGCUUCCCUGAAGCCAUUGCUGACUGUGAGCCCAGACUAUUCCACCUACCGUGUUGGCGAUUCUGUUACCUUCACAUGCUUAACACCCAAAGGGCACCAGGCCAUGCAAUUCCAGUUUCUAAGGGAUGGAGCUGAAGUGGACUCUCCAGAGACCCAAAGUCAGCUUCCCUAUACCUACAAUCUGCCUAGUCUAAAUGUGCAUGACUCCGGGUCCUACCACUGUAGGUACUGGACACAUGGGCAGAAGAUCCUGUCCAAACUGAGUGAUCCUAUCACCCUAAAUGUCUACGAUGAAGCUUCCCUGAAGCCAUUGCUGACUGUAAGCCCAGACUAUUCCACCUACCGUGUUGGCGAUUCUGUUACCUUCACAUGCUUAACACCCAAAGGGCACCAGGCCAUGCAAUUCCAGUUUCUAAGGGAUGGAGCUGAAGUGGACUCUCCAGAGACCCAAAGUCAGCUUCCCGAUACCUACAAUCUGCCUAGUCUAAAUGUGCAUGACUCCGGGUCCUACCACUGUAGGUACUGGACAGAUGGGCAGAAGAUCCCGUCCAAACUGAGUGAUCCUAUCACCCUAAAUGUCUACGAUCGCCUGCCAGCCCCCACGCUCUCUCUGUACCCCAGGUACACAGUGUAUCUCCCAGGGGAGCGGGUUACCCUCACAUGCUCGGCUCCUGGGCGUGAGCUACCUUCGGGAUACAGAUUCUUCUAUCAAGGGCAGCAGGACCCCAGCGUAGUCCAACACCCGAAUGACAGCGCCCGGCUGGAGGUCACAGCUGAGAAGGGAAAUGCUGGGACAUACACCUGUGCGUACUCGAGAUGGGAAUCCAAUCGAGAGAUCUCAUCUGGGAACAGCAACUCCGUCUCCAUCACAGUGACAGAUCGCCCGUCGGCCCCCAGGCUCUCUCUGUACCCCAGGUACACAGUGUAUCUCCCAGGGGAGCGGGUUACCCUCACGUGCUCGGCUCCUGGGGAUGAGCUGGCUUCGGGAUACAGAUUCUUCUAUCAAGGGCAGCAGGAACCCAGCGUAGUCCAACCCCCAAAUGAAGACGCCCGGCUGGUGCUCACAGCUGAGAAGGGAAAUGCUGGGAUAUACACCUGUGCGUACUGGAGACAGGAAUCCAAUCGAGAGAUCUCAUCUAGGAACAGCAACUCCGUCUCCAUCCCAGUGACAGAUCGCCCGUCGGCCCCCACGCUCUCUGUGUACCCCAGGUACACAGUGUAUCUCCCAGGGAAGCGGGUUACCCUCACAUGCUCGGCUCCUGGGGAUGAGCUGGCUUCGGGAUACAGAUUCUUCUAUCAAGGGCAGCAGGACCCCAGCGUAGUCCAACACCCGAAUGACAGCACCUGGCUGGAGGUCACAGCUGAGAAGGGAAAUGCUGGGACAUACACCUGUGCGUAUUGGAGAUGGGAAUCGAAUCGAGAGAUCUCAUCUAGGAAUAGCAACUCAGUCUCCAUCACAGUGACAGAUCGCCCGCCGGCCCCCACGCUCUCUCGGGACCCCGAGUACACAGUGUAUCUCCCAGGGGAGCGGGUUACCCUCAUGUGUUCGGCUCCUGGGAGUGAGCUGGAUUGGAGAUACAGAUUCUUCUAUCAAGGGCAGCAGGACCCCAGCGUAGUCCAACACCCGAAUGAAGACGCCCGGCUGGUGCUCACAGCUGAGAAGGGAAAUGCUGGGAUAUACACCUGUGCGUACUGGAGACAGGAAUCCAAUCGAGAGAUCUCAUCUAGGAACAGCAACUCCGUCUCCAUCCCAGUGACAGACCCCUUCCCGGCUCCCCAGCUCACCCUGUCCCCACAGCAGCCUGUCUACGUAACUGGAGAAACUGUGACCCUGACGUGCUCAGCUGCUGGGAUGCUCACCAUGUCCGGGUUCCGGUUCUUCAGGGAUGGCCAGAAAAUCCAAUCCAAGGAACUCCCCUCACCCUGGUACAGUUACACUGAGUCGAUUCGGCUGUCGGGGGUGGUUAUGUUGGACGCUGGAGCGUACAGCUGUGAAUACUGGAGGAGGGUGUCUGGGCGAGAGAUCUCAUCAGUGAGGAGCCAGCCCAUCUCCAUAGCACUGACAGAUCCCCCUCCCCAGCCAGUGCUGAGGCUGGAUCCCCCUUCUGGAGCAGUGAGUGAAGGACUCACCCUGCUCAUCACCUGCGCGGUCUCCUGGGAUGCCAGAGAGAGGAGAUUUCACUUCUACAAGGACGGAGUCGAGCUCAUCCCUGGGGACAUGGGGUCUGAGAUCAACACCAUGGAGUCUGGCACUGACUCUAUGAAUGUCUCUGUGCUCAGCAUCCCACAGGCCAGUCCCAACAACACCGGGGAAUUCACCUGCGGCUACGAGGAGAAUGUGGGUGGGAGGUGGGUCCCAUCCCCCAGGAGCCAGGCCGUGACUGUCACCAGGAACAUCACAGUGUCAGCCCCCAGCUUCCUCUGGGUGCAGAAGCUGGUGGUGGGUGGCUCCUUCUUCCUCAUCAAUGGCCUCAUCUUCCUCAUCUCCCAUUGCUGCUUCUAG